CCUCGCCAUCGCCCUCGCCGGAACCCUAGGGCAAUCGCCGCGGCGCGGGCGGGCGGGGAGAUGAACUCCCAGAGGAAGCGGAUCCCCAAGAUCGAGCCCUUCAAGCACCGCGUGGAGGUCGACCCCAAGUUCUUCGACAAGUCCUGGAAGAAGCUCGAUGACGCCAUCCGCGAGAUUUACAACCACAACGCCAGCGGCCUCUCCUUCGAGGAGCUCUACAGGACUGCUUAUAACUUGGUUCUUAACAAGCAUGGUGGGAAGCUUUAUGAUAAACUGACAGAGAACUUGAAAGGACACCUCAAAGAAAUGGGAAAAUUAGUAGAGGCUGCCCAAGGUGGUCUGUUCCUGGAGGACCUACAGAGAAGAUGGGCUGAUCAUAUCAAGGCAUCGCAAAUGAUCAGAGAUAUACUCAUGUAUAUGGAUAGAACAUUUAUUCCGACUAGCAAAAAGACAGCUGUGUUUGAACUUGGUCUGGAAUUAUGGAGAGAUAUCGUUGUCCGCUCUCCCAAAAUUCAAGGGAGAUUGCUUGACACGCUUCUUGAACUCAUUCAUAGAGAGAGGAUGGGUGAGAUAAUAAACAGAGGUUUGAUGAGGAAUACAACCAAAAUGCUGAUGGAGCUAGGGUCUUCUGUCUAUAAGGAUGAGUUUGAGAGGCCAUUCCUUGAGGCAUCUGCAAGUUUCUAUAGUGGUGAGUCACAGCAGUUCAUUGAGUGUUGCGACUGUGGUGAGUAUCUCAAGAAGGCUGAAAGGCGUCUCGCUGAGGAACUGGAACGUGUGACACAGUAUAUGGAUUCCAAAACUGCAGACAAAAUAGCUAAUGUUGUGGAUAAAGAGAUGCUCUCAAAUCACAUGCAGAGGUUGAUUCUUAUGGAGAACUCUGGUCUUGUGAAUAUGCUCAUUGAUGACAAACAUGAGGACCUAACCAGGAUGUACGACUUGUUUAAGCGUGUUCCUGAUGGGCACUCAACAAUUAGAUCUGUCAUGACUAAUCAUGUUAAGGAGACAGGAAAAACUUUAGUGACUGACCCAGAGAGAUUAAGGGACCCUGUUGAUUUCGUCCAGCGUCUUCUAAAUGAGAAGGACAAGUAUGAUGAGAUUGUCAGUGUUUCAUUCAGCAAUGACAAGGCUUUCCAAAAUGCUCUGAAUUCCUCAUUUGAGUAUUUCAUCAACUUAAACAACCGCUCUCCUGAAUUCAUAUCAUUGUAUAUUGAUGACAAGCUUCGGAAAGGUGUUAAAGGAGCCAAUGAAGAGGAUAUUGAGACAGUACUUGACAAGGUUAUGAUGCUCUUCAGGUACUUGCAGGAGAAAGAUGUUUUUGAGAAGUAUUACAAGCAACACUUGGCAAAACGUCUUCUGUCUGGGAAAACUUCUUCUGAUGAAGCUGAGAGGAGUAUGCUUGUGAAGCUGAAGACAGAAUGUGGCUACCAGUUUACUUCAAAAUUGGAAGGCAUGUUCACUGAUAUGAAGACAUCUCACGAUACUAUGCAAAGUUUCCAUGCCGCUCUCUCUGGUAAUACUGAUGGCCCAACAAUAUCUGUCCAGAUACUCACCACUGGGUCUUGGCCAACACAACCAUGUGCUACCUGCAAUCUUCCACCUGAGAUCCUUGAUAUAUGUGAGAAGUUCAGGGCUUACUACCUUGGCACUCACAAUGGCAGGAGAUUGACUUGGCAGACGAAUAUGGGGAACACGGACAUUAAAGCAACAUUUGGAAGCCGCAAACAUGAGCUCAAUGUCUCAACUUACCAGAUGUGUGUCCUGAUGCUAUUUAACUCGGAUGAUGGUUUGACAUACAAGGAUAUUGAGCAGGCGACAGCUAUACCUCAUGUUGAUCUGAAGCGCUGCCUCCAGUCUCUUGCUUGUGUGAAGGGCAAGAAUGUGCUGCGCAAGGAACCCAUGAGCAAGGAUAUAUCUGAGAGCGACACUUUCUUCUUCAAUGAUAAGUUCACUAGCAAGUUGGUCAAGGUGAAGAUUGGCACGGUGGUUGCACAGAAGGAAACGGAACCAGAGAAGCAGGAGACCCGCCACAGAGUCGAGGAAGACCGAAAGCCCCAGGUAGAGGCUGCCAUCGUCAGGAUCAUGAAGUCCAGAAGAGUCCUUGACCACAACAGCGUAGUCACCGAGGUGACGAAGCAGCUCCAGUCGCGCUUCCUGCCGAAUCCUGUGGUGAUAAAGAAGAGAAUUGAGUCCCUGAUUGAGCGUGAGUUCCUUGAGAGGGACAAGACAGAUAGGAAGCUGUACCGCUAUCUUGCAUAGGUAGAUGUCUCUGCUGUUGAAACGUUAGAAGUGUGCGUCCAUGAACAAACGUGUCUGCUGUCAAAAACAUUAGAACUGUCCGUCCAUGAACAAACGUGUCUGCUGUCGAAACAUUAGAACUUGUCCGUCCAUGAACAAACGUGUCAUGCUUUACUUUAUGUGUACCCAUACUUGGAUUUUGGCUGUAGCAGUGCUGCACAGAUCAGGUGGCUUUCUGACUUCAGGUCUGCCAUCUCUGGUACAUAUAUAGAGGAUUAUCUUAUA